AUGUUGAAACAUAAGCAGCCAUACUUCGGCCUUCGAGGCGGAUGGCUAACAUUCUGGAUUACAUUGGCCUGUGGUGCUGACAUGACCCUUUAUGGAUAUGACCAGGGAGUCUUUAGUGGAGUCGUCAUCUCGCAGGACUUUCUUCGACUGCACCAUCUUGAAGGGCCCACCAAAACAACCUUGCUCGGUACGGUGACUGCUAUAUACGAUGUGGGCUGCUUCGUCGGAUCCAUCUGUGCAUACUGGUUGGGAGAACGGCUAGGCCGUAGGAAGACCGUGCUUCUUGGUACCACUGUCAUGACAAUAGGAGCUGUGUUGCAGGCAUCAUCCUACAGCGUGGGUCAAAUGAUGACCGGUCGAAUAAUUGCGGGCAUUGGCAACGGUCUGAAUACAUCCACAGCACCCAUCUGGCAGGUGGAAACAUCAAAGGUCCAGUGGCGGGGGAAGUUGGUCAUACUCGAGAAUGUCCUGGUGCUCGUGGGCUUUUCUCUGGCCAACUGGCUGAAUUACGGCCUCUCGUUCGCCAGUGGUCCGGUUUCGUGGCGGUUCCCUCUAUCGUUUCAAUUUCUCUUCAUACUGAUACUGGCUUUCACUGUGCCAUGGCUACCCGAGUCUCCUAGGUGGCUUAUUGCCCAUGGUCACGAAGACGAAGCUGUGCAGAUUAUCGCGGACCUCGAAGAUAAAUCCACCAGCGACUCCUUUGUUCAAUUUCAAGUGAGCGAGAUUCGAUAUAGUGUAGAGUACGAGCGAGCAAACAGUGUCAGCUUCAGUGACAUUAUGCGUGGACGAGCUCAUGAACGGUCCGGCACCAACACAAUCCGCCGACUGAUUCUAGGCAUGGGGGCCCAAGCAAUGCAGCAAUUCUCAGGCAUCAAUGUUACUUCCUACUACUUACCCACUGUCCUGACCAAGUCGGUCGGCAUGAGCGAAUCCCUAGCAAGGCUCCUCACAGCCUGCAACAGCGUUCAGUAUCUGUGUUUCUCCAUGAUAGGAAUCCCGAAUGUUGAACGCUGGGGACGUCGAGCGCUGAUGAUGUUUGGUGCCGCUGGCCAAUGUUUCUGUUAUGUGUUCAUCACUGUUCUCAUCAGAUACAAUGAGAUGCCAGGCUAUCCGCAUCGACACGAGGUGGCUUCAGCAUCUGUCGCUUUCUUCUUCCUGUACUAUAUCUUUUUUGGAAUCGGCAUGCAAGGAGUGCCAUGGUUAUACCCCACGGAAAUCAACUCGCUCACAAUGCGGACCAAGGGCGCCGCUCUCGGAGCAGCCACAAACUGGAUCUUCAACUUCAUGGUUGUGGAAAUCACCCCCAUCGGUAUACAAAACCUCGGUUGGAAGUUCUACACGAUUUGGGUUGCUUUAAAUGCCGCAAUGGUCCCGGUUAUCUAUGUCUUCUAUCCAGAAACUGCCGGUCGCUCUUUGGAGGACAUGGAUGACUAUUAUCGUGGGAAUCCGCCUCUCCUGGCUUGUCUGGACAGGGAGGCUAUCUCUCGCAAACGGCCUGAGAGAUUCCAGGCUCGAGAUGAACAUGUCAUUCGGGCUAAGGAGGACGUUGUUGAGGCACCGCAGCAUGUUGAAGACACGGUAGCUUAGUCCGACCAUGUAGGAAUGAGUAGGAUGUGGAUGUCUGAAUGGUAUGGAGGCUUACUGAUGAUUUUGAUGUCUAUUCUAGUCCUCAAGUGGGAGUUUGCUUGUAUGUUCUCAUCAUCUAUAUUAUUUGCUUGCUAUGGCUCUCGUUUAUACUAUAUCUGACGUUUGAUGUUUGUCAUCCAAUACACAUACUCUGGAC